GAGCCACCAUGCCCAGCCCCCUGCCGAAGGAAAAUCUUGAGUUCCUUCAAGGGGAAUUCUAGCCAGCUCUGAGAUGUAAAUGAGCAAUUUGAUAAGCAAGAAGGUAAUAGUGGCUUAAAAUGAUAGCCAAGGAAGUUACAGUGAAGAGAUGUUUGGUCCCCUACGGAAACUAAAGAUAACAUCUUAACAUAUGACCCCAAGUUGCUUUUCAGAAACCCAGACCCUCACCAAAUGGAUCCGCUGACACAGAGGCCUCAGAUGAGGGGAAGCUGAGGCCUGAACCCUGACCCCCGUUGUUUGUUCUAAAUUUCUUCCUGCGGGACCUGGAGGAAGCCAUGCUCACAGGCCAGAGCUAACAUUGUUUUCUAUUGAACCCUAAUUUUUAGACAAAGCUUUGCCUCCUGAACCAAUUUCAAAUCAGAAAACCUUUGAAAUCAGAAACCACCUAUGACCUGUGCCCCCAAGCCCCCAUUUUUAGGUCAAACCAACAUAGAGCCUCCAUGCAUUGAUUUAUGGUUGUGCCUGUAACCUCUGCCUUCCCAUCUUUAAAAACCCCUCCCUGCAAGCCGUCAGAGUUCAGAUCUUACGCAUGAGUUGCCUGAUUCUCCUUGCUUGGCGCCCUGCAAUAACCGCUUGGCUUUCUCUCCCUGAAAAUCCCCAUGUCAGUGUUUGGCUUUGCUGCGUUGGGCGGGGGAACCCAAGUUUGAUUCAGUAACAAUGACACUUAUAAUGUAUUAGGUUUAUGAAUUUAGCAAAAACAUAUGAGGAUGCAAACACAUUGCUGAGGCUUAUCCAACACACCUUGGAAGAAAAACUGAGGCAAGAAAGGAGUUUGAAGCUUCAGUUUCAUCAGCUUCAAAAUGAUGAUUAUUCCCCACCUUCUAAGAGACCAAAGACCAACGAGCCACUACAGCCACCACUCUUGGAAUCUGCCAAUGCUGGGCAACGGAAAGUGAGGGAGUUCAACUCUGUUUUCAGAGAAAUGGAAUAAUCAUAUCGCUGAUCUUCAUAAACAAGUUGAAGAAUUGUCUGAAAGAAAAUGUGCAACCUACAGGACCUGGCGGGGAUGUCCGGGUUACCGGGCUCCACUCCAAGGAAAAGACAGCCCUGCUCUAGGCACUGUACCGCCACUGUGACAUCCUUGAAGGUCCGCCUCUAUGACGCCGCCGAAGGCACCCCCGCUUCACAAGCGGAGCCCAUCGGAACUCGAGGCGGGGCUGCUGGGUCUUCCAGGAGCGCCCAGACACGGGCGGGUGGCCACGGGUGGCCACAGGCGCUGGGCAGGAUGGCAGCGGCCGCAGAGCGGGCCCUUCCACGUCUUCAGGCUCUGGCCCGGCAGCCACCACCCAUAAGCAAUGAGGAGGAGCUUUAUGACUGCCUGGACUACUACUACCUGCGCGACUUCCCUGCCUCAGGGGCCGGGCGCAGCAAGGGCCGCACUCGGCGCGAACAGGCGCUGCGCACCAACCGGCCUGCACCUGGCGGGCACGAGCGCAAGGUCCUGCAGAAGCUCCUCAAUGGCCAGCGCAAGCGCCGCCAGCGCCAGCUGCAGACCUGGCUACGCACUCGCCCCACCUGAGCCUGGGAUACCGAAGGACCUGUUCAAAGUAUUUUCUGUAACUCCAACUGUAACUUGUUUCUGAGGAGGAGAGAAUCCAUGUUUGGUCAACAGAACUUUUCCCUGUCACUUAAGUUUACUGCUUCCAUAUCUUUUCCUUACUUGAUUGUUAAUUAAGUAGUGUCCAAGUGGAUUAGCCUUUCGAGGGUUUAUUAAUUAAAAGAGAGCAGCAAGAAUGGCAUUUUAA